UAACGCCGUAACGAAAACUCACGCCAGCUAGCAAAACAGUGUGGGGAGUUUUUUCAGUUAUUCAGUUAUUAAACCCUUUUUUCGUAUAUUGUAACAAAGUUGUGCAAAGUUGCUGAACAAAAUUAAUCACGAUUGAGUGCGAUAUCGAUGGAGAGUGAAGGAUCUUCACCGCCCGCCUUUGGGCCUGCUGCCUUGGGCUUGCACCCAGUUGGAACGAAAUUUCCUGUCAAAAUAGCGAACACCCAGCCCAUGCAAGUAUUGAACGCUAGAGGAAUGCCUGCACGAAUUCGAAAAAAGAAUCGUCUCUUUUUCGACGACGACAUCAUUAACGACAAAAUUCCAUCUGCAAAAGCCACCCCGAAAAAAACACCCGGUUCUACAAAGAAACAAUUGAUCAGCGCCAAAACUCCACGCAGGGAGUUAUCUACUUCGCCCCGUAAAGUGCUGCCCAGACUGUCGUUGAAAAAGAAAUAUUCGUCGCGCUAUGCACAUUUGAAACAGAGCGGCAGGAAAAGGAAAAUUGAUCAUGAUGAUAAGGUGCACGAUAUAAUGAAGUUGAUUAAUACGAGCUCAUCGGCUGAAUCGGACAGAAACCAACGGCUCGGGCAUAAGUUCCGCAACUUCAUCGUACUAUCCAAGGCACAUCGGUUUUGCUACUACGAGUUUUUCUACAGUGACAUUGACCGCAACCUGUUCGGUUCACCGAGCGAGUUCGAACAGCUAGUGCGAUCAAAUUAUCCGCAGCUCAAAACGAACAAUCUCACCCGGGCGGAAUGGCGCAAAGUACGAGCAUCUUUCGGUAAACCAAGGCUGUUUUCUCCCGCAUUCCUAAUGGAAGAACGGCUGGAGCUAGCUCGCAAACGGGAAAAAAUACGAAUACUACAAUCGAACAGCCUGGGUGACAUCUCUUUCAUCGAAGGUUUACCUAACAGCAUUUCGAAGCAAAUCUCACCAGGCACAAAGGUAACGGCUAAACUGAGGGCACCGUACGACGGAAUGUACAACGGCACGGUAGAAGGGUACGCAUACGAAGCGAGAAGUUACAGGAUCACAUUCGACCGACCUGGGCUAGGAACGCGCUUGGUACCGGACUAUGAAGUGUUCUCAAUGGAAAAAUCAGACACAAUUAAGCUGAACAGCAUCACGAAGGACUAUCGGGUAGCUUAUCAAAACGCUUCCUUCUAUCUCGCUUCCCCUAAAUCAAAACCAACCAGCGCCGGCGGGGAUCCGCUACUGGGCAGCGACAUUGGACAAAAGCUUAACACCAGCGGCAGGAAGGUGUUCUUUCCCAAAGAAAACAUUGGAGGAUAUCCGGUGAAGUAUCUCGAGCUGAUCGUUCGCACGAAGAAAACACUUUCGGCCAAACAGAUGAAACUGCUACGCUUGCAGAAUAUAACUUCCGAAGCACAGAUCUACAAAUCGUACGAUAACCCCCUGCCAGAGGAGUUCAGAAAACGUUACGCUAUGUUGAUAGUUGCUAUCGAUAAGCUGAACCGUGAUCUAGCGGAUCAAUUGAAUCAAUUGCGUGAAUAUGUAGGCAGCUUGACGCACGAUCCGGAAAUGUUGGCGAUGAUCACACCAAGCCACUAUCGUGAACAGUCCCGCGAGAAAGCGGCCCAGAUCUUUGAGAAAAACAACAAGGGUCACGUUAAGAACGAUCAUAUUGUCAAUCUGAUUAAACAUCUUACUACCAUUAUGUACCUUGCAUCGAAUGUGAGUAAGAACGAAAAGGAUGAGCUCAGCAUCAUGGCACUGAAGGGCGCGAUCGUAGAAACUAGAGAAUUGCUGGAACCGGGAAAUGUGACCGCGUUUAACCGUAAUGUUGCCCAUCCCAUGAGCUACAUAGAUUGUCAGCCAAGUUCGUCUAAAUCAUUAAAAACGGAGUAAGAUCGAUUGCGCCGUAUAGGCUGCAGGGCGGAGUAGAAAAAUGUGCGAUUCAUAUGCAUAAGAAUGUAGUGUAAGAGGGUUGCUAAAAUAGUAUAGACGGAAACUCAUGGGUCAACAAGAAGUUUGAUCUGGUCUGAGUGCAUCAAUUAGCAGCUAGCUUGGCAUCGAACAAGACUGGCAACGAUUGUAAUCCGUAACAAGAAAAGUGUACAGAAUGCGAUUAUAGCAAGAAUAUAAUGAAAAUUUGUGUGAAAUUUUUAAAGCAUGUACAAAAUUCUACAGCUUGGUCCAAUAAAAUAUAGUUGUACAAUAGGUAA